UGGGUUUUCUUGGUCGUGCGCGGUCUUAGCAGUGCAAAAUAAAUGCUUUCUCGUGCGCAGGACGGAGUAGGUGAAUUUCUGAGCGAGCCACGGGGAGCACAGUCUACCGUUCCGAGUGUGUUGUGGUCGUUUGCUGUGUCGAGACACAUCUGUUAAAAAUGUUAGAUAGAGAUCAGAUGGGGUGGUGUGUGGACAGUAUAUUCAGUGUUGUUUAGUGUUCUUGGAAUGGAGUUAUCUUAAAAAUUGAGCCAGACUUGGAAAAAUAAGCAGUGAAGUUUCUUUCUUGUGUGUGUGUGAGUGUGUGGCUUGAUCUAACACCUAACCCAAAGGAUCAUGUCUCACGCGCAUAAGGAUGACCUCUACGUUGGGCCCUACAGACUGGAGAAGACGCUGGGUAAAGGUCAGACUGGCCUGGUCAAACUUGGAGUACACUGUGUCUCAGGCAAGAGGGUGGCCAUCAAAAUAGUCAACAGAGAGAAGCUGAGCGAGUCGGUUCUCAUGAAGGUGGAGAGAGAGAUCGCCAUCAUGAAACUCAUCGAGCACCCGCACGUCCUCGGCUUAUAUGAUGUGUACGAGAACAAAAAAUAUCUGUACCUGAUACUUGAGCACGUGUCCGGGGGUGAGCUAUUCGAUUACCUGGUCAAGAAAGGACGACUCACGCCCAAGGAAGCGCGAAAGUUUUUUAGACAAAUUAUCUCCGCAUUAGAUUUUUGUCAUAGCCAUAAUAUUUGCCACAGAGAUUUAAAGCCAGAGAAUCUUCUACUUGACGAGAAAAGCAAUAUACGAGUCGCAGACUUCGGCAUGGCGUCCCUUCAGGUGGAGGGUUCCAUGCUGGAGACAAGUUGCGGCUCUCCACACUACGCCUGCCCUGAGGUGAUACGGGGUGAAAAAUAUGAUGGCAGAAAGGCUGAUGUUUGGAGUUGUGGUGUCAUUUUAUAUGCCCUUUUGGUGGGUGCUCUUCCAUUUGAUGAUGACAAUCUGAGGCAGCUAUUAGAAAAAGUGAAAAAAGGUGUAUUUCACAUUCCGCAUUUUGUACCAAUGGACUGCCAGAAUCUGUUACGAGGAAUGAUAGAGGUGGACUCAGAAAAGCGCUUGACGUUAGAAGAAGUUAUGCGCCAUGGUUGGGUCUUAGUGGGAUCUAAGCAGGACUUAGAAGCAGAAUUACCCAUGAUGCAAAUUGUACAGACCUCCAUUAUUCCUACUGUAGAAGAUUUGGACCCAGAUGUCUUAUCAACUAUGAAUUCAUUGCAAUGUUUCAAAGACAAAGAAAAGUUAGUGUCAGAGUUACUAAAUGCAAAACAUAACACCGAAAAGGUUGUCUACUUUUUAUUGUUAGACCGUAAACUCAGGAACCCCAGUGUUGAAGAUGAAGUGGAUGUACGGCACCGCUCAGAAUCAGCUGAUCCUCCACGUAAGCGUGUUGAUGCAGUACAGUUUAGUGGCCAAGCAAGAUUAUCACUAGGUAAUAUAAGUGAAGGAUCACCUGUGGCAUCCAGGCGAGCACUCAAGGUCCAACAAGUAAGAAAGGCAAGUUUAAGCGGGAGUCCUAGCUCUUCACCCCUGUCAAGUCCAAAACUUCCAAGGGCAGGACGCUCAACACCUUCGCACAGUCCCUCAGCCACGCCCCCUGGCUCCCCGUCUAUACAGCCGCAGCCGUGGAAAUCUAGAAUACACAACACCAUCAAGAACAGCUUCCUGGGGUCCCCAAGAUUCCACCGGCGGAAAAUGCAAGGUGAGGAGAGGGGGAGGGAAGGUUGGAAGGAACGCGACGGAAGCGGAGCAUCCGGCUCUCGUGGAGUUCCAACCUCUGAUGAAAUCAAUAUGACACCUGAAUCAUCACCUGAGCUAGCCAAAAGAUCUUGGUUUGGUGGCCUCAUGGGCAUGGAGCAGGAACAUCACUUUGUUAUGGUGCGGGAGAAGAGCUUCUCACAAGUUAAGGCGGAUCUUGUUCAUGCAUUCCUUUCUACUUGUGACCUUAGUCACUGUGUUGUAUCAACGACAACCUUCAGGGGAGAGUACCGCCGUGGUGGAGGAUCAUCCAUGUUUUCAAGAAACGUCCGUUUUCAAGUAGAUAUAAGUCCGGCACCUGGAGAGCGGGAUGCUGCUUCUGCUACAACAUUCUGUUUAACUUUUACACUUGUGUCAGGUCCAUCUCGUCGUUUUCGGCGUGUGUGUGAACACUUACAAGCACUUAUGUCUUCUCCCAGGGGAGAAAAUCAUAGAAAAAUAAGCACAGAUAGCACAGUUUCUUACUGCUCUGAACUAGUCCCUGCUUCAUAUUGUUCUUCUGCUAAAGAAAAUGGAGAUGCAGAUAACCAUGACAGAGAGAGGAAACCACCUUUGCCCCCUAGAAAUCGUGAUAUGACCAAACCAGUCAGCAGGAAAGCUUUAGCAGAAAACUCUAAUCGUGAUAAAGUCUGAUGUUUGAAGCAGUAUUUUUUUUCAGCCAUUAUAAUUAAUUGAUUUGUUGUUCAGUUUAAUUUUUUUUACAAUGGAAUUUCCUGUUUCGAUUGGGGAAAAAUAUCUGAGUUUUAGUACUUUCAAUUUUUGUCUUAAACUUUCAGCUGUACUAUAUAGUAUUCAUACCUCUUGUCAUUCACAGAGAUAUUGUUGUGCUUACUACCAUUAUUUAAGCAAAAAUAAUGUCAAUUUAUUGCUAUUUUUAAAGCAAAGCAAAAUUAAAAUGGUAGGUUAUAUAAGUACAAACACAAUGGUAUAGAAAUCAAAAUAUUUGAUCCAACAAUCAACAACUAAUUAUCAAAACAUUGACUUGUCAAAAUUUGACAUACUACAUACAUUAUUUUAAGUGCAAUAUAAUACAUUUUAUAUAAAUAUUUGGUAAUGAAUAUAAAAUUUGUUUUUAAAAAUCCCAGUACUUUUUUUAAUAAUGCUCAAUUCCCCAAUUAGUUCUAUAAAAUAAAUGGGCAAACUAUUUAUUUUUAAAAGUACUUAAUUCUUUUAUUACAACAAUUUUUAAUAUAAAGGCCAUGUUAAUACAUUUUGCAUGACAUUUACAUCAAAAAUUACCUUGCCGUUUUAAAAAUGUAUAUUUUUAUAUGUUAUUGUCUUAGCAGUAAUAUCUAAAUUAACCAUGGAUUUAUUUACAAGAAAUUUAUUUUUUAACACUCAUUUCUUUACUACAAUUUUUUUUUUCAAUUAAAAUCCUACUAAUAUUUCAUGUUUUAAUCCUUUUUUUUUUAAAUGAUCAUUUACAACAGGUAGUCUAUAAACAAAUGUUUAAUUAGCUUUAAUCUGGUGUAAUAACUAUUUAGUAAUUAGUUUGCUUCUUAUAAAUUACAUUUUAAGGUUUGAAAUCUCAAAUACAAAUUUUUAUAGGUAAUAUUUGUAGUAUUUGUCUUCCAUCAUUACAUUUCUAUUUAGUUUUGAAGAGUUUCAAGUAUCCAAAUCAGGAGCAUUUUGGAAAUCUGUUUGGUUUUUUUUUUUUUAUAAUUAACUUUAAUAUUUGUAUGACCCUGCAACCAUUUUGAGCUGUUGCCUUUUUAUCCCACACCAGUGACACAAUUUUUGCCGUCUUGAUCUCCAUUCUCCUGCAUGGGUACUUCAAAAUCUUUGAAAGUUGAGCUCUUUAUGACUACAAAACAAAACCCGAAACAAAGAAAAAAAAUAUUAUGAUUUAAAUUCAUUAAUUUAUUAAUGUUCCUAUAAUUAAUUCUGUACAUCAAGGAAUAUUUUCUAAUUAAAAUGUUAAUAAAUUUUUCUCUUUUUUAAAAAUUAUAAAUACAAUUUAAAUCUCCAAUUUACUCAUUUAGAAUUUUAUAGAUCUCUCUUCACUUCUCAACUCCAUAAUUUGAACUUUUCAUUUUUUAACAUUGUAAAAAACAAUUUUGAGAAUGUAUCAGCUUUUUGCCUCAUGCAUGUCCAUCCAGAUUUUUGGGAUGUUAAUUGUCAAAUCAAGAAAGACUGGAGUUUUGUGCAAUACAUUUAUUUAUUUGAUAUCACUCAUGCUUAGGCCGGGGAACUAUGUGCAAUUUGUGCAUAACUGCUUUUUAUUCUAUUCUAGUCAACAACGUGAUAUUUUAAAGUCUAAAAAUUUAUGUUUUGCCCCAAAAAAAAUUCUCACUUAACAAAUUCAGACAUAUUUUAAUAAAGUAAACAUUAUUUUUUCAUUAUUUCUUUGUAUAAUCUGAAUCAUCUGAAACAUUAGACUUUAUGCAAGUUAAAACUUAAGACGAAAAUAAUGCUACUUACGAAUGUUUAAAUAAAUUAUUUGUCCUCGUUGCACGAUUUCUGUGCAACUUUUUGUUUGUAUGUUAAUAAAUACUUUAUCCCAUGUGCAAUAAAAAUCUACUUACAUCUGUUCAUUUCUCACUACCCAUGGUUAGUGGGCAGUUAGUGUUACUAAAAAGUAAGGCUUGGUUGCUUGUUCCUUUAUUUGAAACCCUAUACUGUAAUAUCUCCUCAUGUGCUUUACAGCGGUCAUGUUUUGUGUGAAGGUGUCAGAGUAACUCUGUUCUCAAGAGUUCUGUCUUCAUUUUUGUUUUUCAAUAUCCUUUCAAUGUAUAAUGAUGACAAUAUUCGUGAAGCCUUGUCUUGUUGUUGAAUGUCCAUUUUUUUUUUUAAAUUGCAUUUUUAACAAUAAUUAUGUUAAAAUAUUAUUUUUCUUUGAGUAAAAACAAUUUUUAACAAAGAUGUGAACACGUUUAAAUAAGCUCACAGAUACUAUUUUGCGAGGGGGUAAAUUUUAUACAUCGCUCAUUUAACUAUUUUGAAAUAAAGUAAAACUGAAAUGCUUGCAGAAAUAUGUUAACUAAAUACAGUAAUAUAACUAUCUUCAAUAAGGAAUAAAAAAAAUAUAUUUAACUGUCAAGUGAUUUUGCAAUCUAACUUUUAACACAGAAGAAUCACAUCAUGUAGUUUCUACCCUUUGCUUAAAGUUUCACCUUUCCAAUACUAAUUUUUUUAAAUUAAUUUUUUUUUAAACAUGAACUUAUAAUAACCAGUGUCUGUCCUUUAUGAAUAAUAAGGAUAUAUAUUGAUCUAGAAUUAAAACUUGGAAGGUUAUGAAGAUUAACUAAUACAAACUCAUUUAAACUUUUGACACCCCUCUGGAUAGGCAUAACUAAAAUUCUUUUGGGCAGAUUUUACACUGCCUAACAAUAUACAAUUUAUCUUUUACAUCAGCAAGGUUAUCAAGUGUUAAUUAGACAUUAAUUUUAAUUUUAGCUGCGUUACUUAUCAAACAGGUCACAAACUAUGGACCAAUGAAACACUGUUAAAUGUUUUCCUUUUUUUACCUAAAUCAUAAUCUUAAUACCUCCAUUCUAGGAUGGGACCAGAUGCGUUGAACCUUAUUGCGUCAAAUGUUUGUAUUUUUGGUUCUGUAUUUUUACUUUUUAUCCAAGAAUGUGUAAAAGUAAAAUGUACUUUUUUAAAAUGUUUAUGUUCUACUAAUCCUUACUAGGUAAAAGCAUAAUUUCUUAUGAAAUUUAUAAGUGUUAUCUAUCUUUUAUUUUUAUAUUAGCUACCUCGGUUUUCAAAUUUGAACUGCGAGGUCUCCAAAGUUAUUUAUCUUAGUUCCCAAUGAUUUGGUAAUUUCCUUCCUUCCCGCGUGUCACCCAUGUAUGUAUACAUAACAGUAACAAAUUUGGAGUUAUCAUGUAUGUAAUAUCUACAACAGUAACAAAUUUGAAGCUAUAAGUCAUAUUUAAAGAACCAUAUCAUAUUUUUAGGCAACGGUAUGACGUGUAAUUUAAUACGAGUGCCAUGAAUUUUGUCGGAAUGAUAAUUAUUUAUAUUGUAUGUAUGAAUUGAUUAACAAAUUAUGUUUAAGGAAGGAAAAAAAAAAUCAGCUGGUCUAAGUGUUUUACAAUCUCAUAUGUGAGAUUGUUUUAGCGUGCAUUUUUUUACAGCCAUUUUACUGCCAAAGGAUUCAUCCAUCAUUGUGUAUAAUCAAGAACUUGUAAAAACCAUGCACUUGUAUUGGUCGUUUGUAUUUAGUGAAUAUUCCAACAAAAACCAGUUCGUCGAGUUUUGUCGGCUAAAUGAAACUUUACUGACCACAUCUCAAAACAGGACAUAAAAAAAAUAUAUAAGAAACUAGAUAGCAAGACAGUUUGCCAUAGGAAAAUAAUCUGUCUGUUUAAUUUAUUUAGGUCUGUUACUUUUAUUAUUACUUAUUAAAUUAAUCCAACUUUUUUUUCACUUCAAUUAGAACAGUUAUUUUUUUUUAACUUUUAUUAUUUAUUUAUCAAAUUAAUCUUCUCAAACUUUUUUUAAGAAACCAAUAUAGCCUAUUUUAUUUUACAGAGAAAUACUGCUUUUAAAAAAC